GUGUAUGAAGAAAACAUAAGCUUCUCUGAACCCGGUCCUUUGUUUGGGUUGGGGCUGAGAGACAGAAUGGUACCCCUCUACUCUUAUUGCCCCUUUCCUUCAACCAAAGCCCUUCAAAUCCCCCCCUCUUUCCUCUUCCUUGGAAACCCAAAAUUUCUUCCCUUUACUUUCUCCAGAAUCCUUAGACGAGCCUCCAUUUCGAGUUUCAAUUCCGCCGCCAAACAUCAAGAACCGAUUAGAACCAGCUAUGCUGGCGUUCAACUUGAAGAAACCGUCGAUGAUACCAAGCUAGGCAAGCUUCGGCUCGAUUCUUGGAUCUCUUCCCGAAUUCAAGGCAUCAGCAGAGCUCGAGUUCAGUCCAGUAUAAAAUCUGGUCUUGUAACAGUCAAUGGCCGCGUCGUCGACAAGGUCUCGCAUAGCUUGAGAGCUGGAGAUAAGGUUAAUUGCGUAAUUUCGGAUUUGCAACCAUUGAAAGCAGAACCUGAAGAUAUCCCAUUGGAUAUAGUUUUCGAGGACGACCAUGUUCUUGUUGUUAAUAAACCUCCCCAUAUGGUCGUUCAUCCAGCACCUGGCAAUGCUAAUGGGACAUUAGUGAAUGGAAUUCUUCACCAUUGUCGUUUACCCACAGUAGCAUUGUCCGAAAAGGAAGUUCUUUCACUUUCAGACACAGAGGAUGUGUCUGAUGAUGAAGAAGCUUUUUAUAGUGGCACAAGUGCAGCAGCAUCUUCUGUUCGGCCAGGGAUUGUACAUAGACUGGAUAAAGGCACUAGUGGAUUGCUUGUUGUUGCAAAGGAUGAACAUUCACAUGCCCAUUUGUCAGAACAGUUUAAGCAACAUACAAUACAGAGGGUGUACAUUAGUCUUACUUGUGGAGUGCCUUCAGCUUCUGCCGGGCGUGUGGAUGUUCCCAUUGGUCGUGAUUCAAAUAAUCGCAUCCGGAUGGCUGCUGUGCCAGGGUUAAGUCAUCAUGGACGGACCCGUCAUGCUGCUAGUAGAUAUAAAGUAAUUGAAGUACUCGCUGGUGGUGGUUCUGCAUUGGUUCAGUGGAGAUUGGAAACUGGACGUACUCAUCAGAUUCGUGCCCAUGCAAAGUACAUAGGAAUUCCCUUGUUGGGUGAUGAGGUGUACGGAGGGACAAAGAACAUGGCCUUGUCACUGCUUCGCCCAAGGACCCCUCCUAAGUAUAACGAUGAACUUUCACGGCUGGUUUCUAGAUUGGAUAGGCCGUACCUUCAUGCUUUAGUCCUCGGUUUUGAACAUCCACACUCAGGCGAGAAGAUGCAGUUUUCAUGCCCACCCCCACCGGAUUUUAGGGAAAUAUUGAAUAAUCUUCAAAGAUUUGGCAUUGAGAAGCCUAUUUCUGAGGAAUAAUCAGAUUUACUUUGCAACCGGUACUUGCUCUGUAAUCCAUCAUCGAGGCUACAUUCUUUUUUUGUACAGGACGAGCCUACAAAACGUUGAAGUUGCACCAGGAGGAAUUGCAUUUGUUGAAU